AUGCAUCCUCAUCAAUUAACGGCGACUAAUCGUAUAUAUUUAUAUUGCGGUCUUUUAUCAUUAGGUGGUUUUCUGUUUGGAUAUAACUUCAAUGUGGUAGCCAUCGUGGUGGGUAUGCCUCUCUUCCAAGAGGAUAUAGGAGAAGUAUCUCAGAUAAGGAUAUACUCAGGUGCUAUGGCCUUGGGUGCUGCUGCUGGUGCUGUUGUUGGUGGAAUAUUGGCCGAUCGCAUGGGACGCAAACAAUCUAUGAUUGUGAGUGGCAUCGUCUUUUUAGUGGGUAGUUUUUUCCAAACUGGUGGCAACAAUCAAGCUCUUAUCUUAGUUGGUCGUGUCAUCACUGGUCUUUCUGUGGGGGUAUUCACCAUGCUGGUACCAUUAUAUAUAAGUGAAAUCGCACCAAAGAACUUACGUGGAAGAUUGAUUACUAUCCAUCAGUUUGCCAUUACUGUUGGUAUUCUCUGCGCAUCUUGGAUUUGUUAUGGAACUAUAAAGAUACCCAAUGACACAUCAUGGAGAUUACCCAUCGGUAUUCAGAUGAUUCCUUGUCUUGUAAUGGUGAUCCUAGUAUGUUUUAUUCCAGAAAGUCCUCGGUACUUAAUGUAUCGACAUCAUGAUGUUGCGGCAUUAAAUGUCUUAGCAAAGAUACAUGGUGAUGGAUCUGCAAGUCAUCCUGAAGUUUAUAUGGAAUAUAUAUCUAUCAAGCAGACAAUUGCUUAUGAACGUACAUUUACAGACUUCAGACGUUAUAGUAGGCUAUUAUCUAAAGCACCUGAGAACAAUGGACGACGUUUAUUAUUAGGGAUCUUGACUCAAAGUUUUCAACAACUUACUGGUAUCAAUCCUAUAUUAGUGUUUGCAACACAUAUUCUACAAUCUAUUGGAUUGUCGGGUGCCUAUUCUUCUUUAUUUGCUAAUGCCAUUGGUGCCACUGUCAAUACUAUAUUCACCAUCCCUGCUAUUUUCUUUAUAGAUCGCAUCGGACGAAGACGGGCCAUGUUAAUAGGGUCAGGGACAUUAUGUAUCUGCCUCAUCAUCAUGUCAGUUCUUUCGAUAAUAACAAGCACCAUUUCUCGGUCUGAUUUCUACGAUAGCACCAGUGAAGGUCCAUUAUUUGAUAAUUCCGCUAUACCAGUUAUGCAACAAGCACGAAAUCAAGCCAUUGCAUUUAUUGCUAUCGAAUAUUUCUUUGUUAUUGUUUUUGCCGUUACAUGGGGUCCUUUAGGUUGGAUUUACAUUUCUGAAUUAUAUGGUCAAGGUGUGAGAGCCAAGGCACUUUCGAUAUCAACUAGUUUUGGUUGGUUACUGAACUUUGCCGUCUUUGAAUUCUCUACACCUAUGUUUGUCAAUAUCAAAGGUCAUUCUUAUAUUGUAUUUGCUUGUUGCUGUGCUGCCAUUACGUUAGUCGUCUAUUUUUACUUUCCAGAGACAAAGGGUAAAUCAUUGGAAGAGAUCGAUCUUAUUUUUGGUAGUGAUAUCGGAUACUAUGAUGUCAAUUCUCAUCAUCCUCAAACAGCUGCAGCCACAUUACUUCAUAUGGAAAAAAUACAAAAGAAAAAUGCCAAUAUGUAUCCUUUCCCUUUGAGUAAGAGUAGCGCAUUUACUCCAUCAGAGGAACCUGUAACAAAUGGACAAAAUGAUAUUCGUCAAUCCGAUAUAGUCAAUGAAAAUUUCUCUCGUGUCCCACCCAUGGAACAAAGACCAUCCAGUCGUUAUCUUGGAAAACAACCUGCAAUAUUAACUUCAGCAUUAGCAUCACGAUCAUCAUCAUUAUCUUCAUCAACAUAG